ACAGCAGAGCCAAAAAAAGUGACAUCGUAGCCGGAUCAACAAACGGGGGAGAGGCAGACAGGCAGCCUGUAUCCUGGCGUGUUGUUUCAUUAUUCGGGAUAAUAAUGCAGUCUUCCAAGAGGAGCGAAAGUGACUGGCAGGGGCUCGUGAGCGAGUUCCUGGUGUGUAAACGGAAGCUGGAGAGUAAGAAAGAGGCUCUGCUCAUUCUGUCCAAGGAGCUGGAUACCUGCCAGCAGGAGAGAGACCAGUAUCAGCUGAUGGCCAACCAGCUGAGGGAGCGGCACCAGGGGCUGAAGAAGAAGUACAGGGAACUCAUAGAUGGUGACCCCUCUUUGCCACCAGAAAAACGCAAUCAAGCUUUUGAAUUCCAAUUCUCUUACAACAGUACAAGAUGAUGCGUUCUCAGGCCUUUCACAUCUGGAGUAUCUGUUCAUUGAGAGCAAUAAGAUGGAGACUGCAUCCAGUAAUGCGUUCAGAGGACUCAGGGACUUGACUCACUUGUCUUUGGCAAACAACAACAUUAAAGCGUUGCCCAGGGACGUCUUCAUUGACCUGGACUCACUGAUAGAGCUGGACCUGCGAGGCAAUGCCUUUGAAUGUGACUGCCGUGCUAAGUGGCUGAUGACGUGGCUGAAGAACACCAACGCCACAGUGUCGGAUGUCGUGUGUGCUGGACCAGAGGACAUGAAGGACAAGCGCCUCAAUGAUAUGAACAGUCUGCACAACGAAUGCAUUUCAACGGAUUUCGUCCUCCAUCAGUCCGUGGCAUCUGAGUCUCUGUCUGUGGACACGUUCAGCUAUAAGAACGAUGUCUACGUGACGAUCGCUGCUCCCAGCGCAGAGAGCUGUAUGGUUUUCCAAUGGGACCACAUAGAAAUGAACUUCAGGACUUAUGAUAACAUCACAGGUCAGUCCAUUGUGGGCUGCAAGUCAGUUGUCAUCCAGGACCAGGUGUUUGUCAUCGUGGCUCAGCUCUUUGGUGGUUCCCACAUCUACAAGUUUGAUGAGGACCAAAGCAGGUUCAGCAAGUUUCAGGACAUUGAGGUGUCCAAGAUCUCCAAGCCCAAUGACAUUGAAGUAUUCCAGAUCGGCUCUGACUGGUUCUUUGUGAUUGCUGACAGUUCAAAAGCCGGCCUGUCCACCCUCUACAAGUGGAACGAUAAGGGCUUUUAUUCAUACCAGUCGCUGCAUGAGUGGUACCGCGACACAGGUGCAGAGUUCCUGGACUUGGAUGGGAAGGCCCACCUUAUCUUGGCAAGCCGCUCACAGGUGCCUGUGAUCUACCAGUGGAGUCGGAGCAACCAGAAGUUUGUCCUUCAGGGCGAGAUCCCUCACAUGGAGGACGUUGUAGCUGUAAAGCACUUCCGGAUCAAGGAGGAACUCUACCUGGCUAUGACGCGCUAUAUUGGUGACUCCAAAAUCCUGCGUUGGGGUACCAAACAGUUUGCCGAGGUCCAGGCCUUGCCAUCACGUGGCUCCAUGAUCCUCCAGCCGUUUUCCUUCAAAGAGCGUUACUAUCUGGCGUUGGGAAGUGAUUACACCUUCUCGCAGAUCUACCUGUGGGAUGAUGAGAACAAACUCUUUGACCGCUUCAAGGAGGUGUACAUCCAGGCUCCGCGCUCCUUCACUGUGGUUUCCACUGACCGCAGGGACUUCAUCUUCACCUCCAGCUUCAAGGGAAACACACAGAUCUUUGAACACAUCAUCAUUGACUUGAGCUUGUGAGGGGCUCCGCUUCAUUGUCCCUCCUGCAAUCGAACGUCUUCCACUGAAAAGAUACAUUUGUGAAUGGAAAAGAAAGGAGCAGAAAAGACUUAAUGAACUGUCAAAUAUCAAUUCCUCCAUAAGUUUCUGUGGCGAAUACGAGCUGGGUCAAGUGGUGUUUAGAAUCCUUUUAGUUUUUAAGGUUUCUUGACUUUCUUAAUGGCCUUGUCCAUCUGUUCUCAUGGUCUCUCUUUCAGAGACUCUCCCAUUUCACAAAGAGGGUGGACAAUUGUACAAGGAGGCUGGUAUUCUCCUAAAAAUCCAGCUAACAUUCCUGAAGGUGGAAAUAUUUGACAUAUAAUUUGAUCUAUUUGGAUCCAUCUAUAGGUUUAGUAUCCCCUGUGUUAAUGGUUUUAUACCCCAAAUAAUACACACCAGGACCUGAGAGAAAAAUAAUAUUACUAAUUCUGUUUUUGGGGUAUGUAACAGGUGUGGUUGCUCAUGCCGCUCAUACCUGUGGUAAUGUACAGUCUGUUGCCUUAUCAGCACUGGGUUCUGUGUUCUGAUGGGCCCAGAGUGCCUCCCUCUGGCCGUGAUAAAGUAUCACACCCCUUUGCUUUUUCCGUACAGGGAAUGUCUUGAAAGCACAAACCUUUAAUUACGUACCCGAGACCCCAACCCUUAGAGCGUAGUUGUUAGGUGGACAAUGUUACUGUAGGUGCUAUAGAUUAUACUGCGUACAGUAAAAAAAAAAAGAAACAGUUUGUUCUUUUAGGAGGUGAAAUAUUCAGGACUGGAUAUAGCUAAUUCCUUUUUCAACAAACACGUGAAUGAAAUAACCUUUUAGUCCAGACGAAGAUAGAAGCUCUUUUUAUCCAUUUAGAGUUCCAGUGAUGUCAGGGAAAUAAACAUACUUAUACGUUUGAAAUAAUAACAACAGUUGUUGUUCUACUGACAUAAUUUGACUUUUCUUUUUCGAAUAUAUAUAUAUAUAAAAAAUGAAAGAAACGGCUCCUCACCGCAGAAGUCAUUAAGUCAAGCAAAUAAAUUUGACAAAAAGAUGUCAUUUGUCCACAAAUGAAGGAAACAAUGUUGAUGUAAAUAUAUUCACAAGUUGAGAGGCUUUUUCUGUCUGUCAUUCUCUUCUUACUAAUACUGAAUGUUGACUUACAAGCUACAAAAUGUACAAAAAACAUGGACUGCAAUGCCACUACCUGUUUGUCACACAAAACCUGAACGGAUCUUUGAACUUACUUUUAAAAAAUAAAACGUUACUACAGCUUGCAAGCGCAUGACAUUCAAAAAAGGGUGUUUGCCAAAUUCUUUUUAAAUGAACCUAACAAACGCCGAAGUCUUAAAGUGCUUCUACUCAUUACGUGAACGUUAUUGUAAUUAAAAAUGUAAAAAGCAUACUGGAAUAUGAAAGCUUUACAACAUGCAGAUUCUUUUGUAUGAUUUUGUUUUAAGCAUAUUGAAUGUUACUCAAAAUAUACUGUAAAUUUAAUCAGUUGGGUAUCAAAAUAAAUGUGUCAACGUAC